AUGAAUGGUCGCAAUGCGCCUCUCUCACCUGUCUCUCUAGGUGGAAGCGAGUGGUCUGUUGGCAAAUACCCGAACAUCAACGACGACCCGUACGCAAAAAACCGCGGCAACAUCGUAUCACCCCCGAAUUCAGGAGGCUCCAACGGGGCCAUGAAUGGCAAUUUUCCUCCCGGUCCCCGGAGCGCCGGCGGUCCCUCACCGCCGCCCUCUGUCGGCCGAUCCAGCAAUGGCACCAACAUGUAUGCGAGGAGCGAGAGCGGACGGAGCAUCCGCGAGGAGCAAGCCGAGGGCAUACUGGGCGAGCACUACGUCGCUUUGAAGAACUACCUCAAUGGCGGUUCAGGUGGGAAACCAACACCCCCGAAUAAGGCCCGCGACAAACUGUUGCGCCUGUCGUCUGUCCAGUUUCUCGAACUCAGUACCGAUGUCUUCGACGAACUUUUGCGGAGACAAUCCCUCGGUCGCCGACCUUCGGGUCCUGGCGGUCAGGGGCCACCCCCUUACUUGAUGCCCGAAUCCAACUUCCAUCCCAAACGCAACCAGGCCAGGCAAAAACUGUCAUCCCUUGGCCCCCCGCGUUUUCGUGAUCUUGCGACUGAUGUCUUUUGCGAACUGGAGAGAAGGUUUCCCCGCUUUGCCGCUGGAGACAUCCCUAGAGUGGGUAGCCCCGUAUCGGUCCGCUCGCAGGCGACAGUCAACGGGAAUGGCUAUCCUCCCAGGAGUCAAAGUCGGAUGAGGCGGCCCUCUGACGCGAGCUCCAUGAGAGGAGGACCACCACCACCCGACCCCUAUGGAGUGCCUCCCUCGCCGGGUAUGCCUCCGAAUGGCGAUUACAACCGGCCGAUGCAAAAACAAUUCCAGAGCAAUACGAUUGUGCCGAAUAAAAGUACAAUGGUGGAAGAGGACGACGAUGGCAGCCCGAACGAGGACGAGGAAGCUUUUGGCCUCGAACGAACCGCGACUAAUCGUAGCAAGAGAAGCGAAGUCACGGAGCGGAGCGCGGUAGCAUCAGAGGCCGACAAGAAGCUUUUGGAUGAAUACCAGACUCAAGUGCGCGACCUGCGGGAAAAGCUUGAUGUUAUGGAGGAUGCCAUGAAGAGGAAGGACGACGAGCUGAACAGUGUUCUGGAUGGAGAAAGAUCACGGUCGACGGCCGCGAAUAUGGAGAAGAAGGAAUUUAGCGACCUCCGUCUCGGCCUGGAGAACAAGCUCGCCGAGGCUCAAGAUCUCAACGCGUCGUUGAAGCAGGAGCUGGAUCGCAUGCGGGACGAACACGCAAACGAAUCUCGGCAAUUAAGAGAUCAGAUGGAUGAAUUGCGCUUGUCUGGUGCGGCUGCAGGUGCAGCCAACUCUGGCAACGCGGACAGGGAGCUACAGAUGGAAAAUCAGCAACUUCGCCAAUCUCUACAGGAGCAGCAACAGGUCACGGAAGAGGCUCGACGCGAGGCUCGGGAGUUCCUCCGCGAAAUGAAGAUGCUUUCACAACAGAGCGGCUCAACCUGGCAAAAGCAGGAGGAGCUGGAGAAAACAAUCGAGCAGCUGGAAGCAGAGGUUCGCGACUGGCGCAAUCGCUACGCACGAACAAAGACACAACUUCGCAGCAUGCGUGCCUCCUCACUUGGACUAACCGUCGAGCAAGAUGCAUCAAAGUACAUCAGAGAAAAGGGAUUUGCACAGGACGGAGGCGCAGUUAAGGACGUCCACGUCACCAAAUUCCAGAUCGCCAUCGACGAACUCCUCCAACGCGCACGCGCGGAGAACCCCGACACCGUCAUUGACGCUAUGAAGCAAGUCGUUGUCAGCGUUCGCCGAAUUACUAAGGAUAUUGACGAGGGUGUCGCUACCAACGAGGAGCUCGCACAGCAGCGUUCUAAGCUCAAGGGCAAGAUCUCUUCGACGGCCAACCACCUCAUCACCACAUCCAAGAACUUUGCUUCAUCGGCAGGCAUCACGCCAGUUUCUCUCCUAGAUGCCGCCGCCACUCACCUGGUGGCCGCUAUUGUCGAUCUCCUCCGAGUCGCAAAGAUUCGAUCCACGCCCGCUGGCGAACUCGAGGAUGAGGAUGACGGCACGGUCACCCCCGUUGACUCGACCGGUUUCUUCUCCCCCAGAACGGCCUCGAGACAGGAGUCGAUCAUCCAGGAGUCUUUGCCACCACUAGGACAGGCACCCGCACCAUUCCGUGGACUUGGCGGUGGCCGAACCAGCAUGGACUCCUCCGCUUACAGCCCCAUCAACUCCCCUCGCCAGUCUGCAGACGCCUACAAUCAAGCACGGGGAGCUAACGGUAUGAAUGGUAUGAACGGCAUGGGUGGGUUCGCGGGCAUGAACCAGAACGGGCCAGCCAAUGGCUAUGGUAACGGCAUGCGACAACAGGAUAACCGGGCCGAAGAUCUCAAGAUCUAUCUCGAGGAUCAGACCGCAAUCCUGGUUCAAAACAUCCAGAACCUGGUCGGUUCCAUCCGAAGCGAUGCCGCCAUCAACCAGAUCACCUCCGAGAUCAAUGGCAUCGUAGAGGUUGUUGACAAGGUCAUUGGCGAAACCGAGGCAUCUGGUAAUGGCGGCAUGAUUACCCGACUCGUCGCUUGCCGGGACCGCCUUCUGGAAGCCAGCGAUCGUGGCAUGGACAUUGACCGCGCCCAGGACGUCGGUGCCACCGGGCGCAACGAUCGCGAGUGGAGGAUGUGGACACAAACCCUACCGCCCAUUGCUUUCGAAAUUGCUCGGGAGACCAAGGAGCUGGUCCAGCGCGUCGACCGAAUGGUCAGCAACGGAGACGACGACUUUUCCUAA